GCCCCCACCUUUCCCUCCAUGGCUGUUGCGGAGGGCUCCGUCCCAGACCCCUCAGCUGCCCCACCGGUGUGCCUGACGCAAGCCUGCCAGUGGGGAGGCUCAGGACUCAGACCGGGCGCUCAGAUUCUGGCGCCUGGCUUCCUGGCAGUGAGACCGCGGAGUGAUGAAUCGUUCCGCACAACGCAGACGCUAACAACCCCUGCCUCGCGGGGCUCCGGUGCGAGCCCGCGCGCCAGCACGCUCACCACAAUUAGUUCACCGCCCCAUCAACGGCAAACGCGCCGUUAACGGCAGGGGCGGCGGCGGACAGGAGACGGCGCUGCUGGGUGACACCGGCCCGGGGGCGUGUGUCCUACGGGAGGCCCCGCGCCCACGGACGGUACACUCUCAGGCGCCGUGGCACGAGUCCAGCUCUUACUCACAAGCUGUCUGACCUCUCUCUGCCUCAGUGUCCUCAUCGUCAAAGCGUUAUUUGAGGAUUAGAUGAAUUACUACGGCAAGAACUUAGGACAGCGGCAGGUCCAGAACAAGGGCUUCUACAUGUCAUCCAUUGUUACCCACUUUCUUGUGGAGACGAGACGGGGAUUCGGGCGGCACAAGCGCGAUGAAUGAGCGGGAGUGGCGCCCCGCGCGCUUAGGAAGGGGUGUGGUGGACGCGGGCGGUGAGGACAGACCGGGCAGUGCAGGGGGGGGCGGGCAGCAAGGACCCUGGUCGGCCCUGAACCCCAGCGCCCGCCCCGCCCCGGCCUUCCGCGGGGCGUGUAGCCCUCGGUCUCCGUCCUGCCACCAAGCGGUCACCACGGGCGGUCACCGCAGCCUGGCGUCCAGCAGGGUCCUGGGGUACAGCGAGGGGCGCCAACUACCCUGAAGGCCCGGGGACGUCACGGAAGGGAGAGGCCACCAUCAGAGCGACGCGAAGCACAGGCGCAAACACCGAUCCCGCGGAGCCAGCCCCGCCCGUGUUGCGCAGGGAACGGGUGCGUGGCUCCGCGCACGCGCAGCGUCCAGGGGCCAGGAGCGCGGCGAUAGUGACCACGUCCUCCUCGGCCCGGGCACAGCGGUGUAGACCCAUCGAUCAACAUGUUUUCUGAGCAGGCUGCCCAGAGGGCCCACACUCUGCUGUCCCCACCGUCCGCCAACAGCGCCACCUUUGCCCGGGUGCCCAUACUGACUUACGCCAACUGCUCCCAGCCGUUCAGGCUGGGGGAGCGCAGCUUCAGCAGACAGUACGCCCACAUCUAUGCCACCCGCCUCAUCCACAUGAGGCCCUUCCUGGUGAGCCGGGCCCAGCAGCGCUGGGGCAGUGGAGUCCAGACAAAGAAGCUGUGUGAGCUGCAGCCUGGGGAGAAGUGCUGUGUGGUGGGGACCCUCUUCAAAUCCAUGUCGCUGCAGCCGUCCAUCCUGCGUGAGGUCAGCGAGGAGCACAACCUGGCCCCCCAGCCCCCUCGCAGCAAGUACAUCCACCCCGAUGAUGAGCUUGUCUUAGAAGAUGAGCUGCAGCGCAUCAAACUGGAAGGCAGCAUCGACGUGUCCCAGCUGGUCACAGGGACGGUGCUGGCUGUGCUGGGCUCUGCGGGGGACGAUGGCAGGUUCCUGGUGGAGGACCACUGCUUCGCAGGGCUGGCUCCUCAGAUGCCCGCACCCCCCCUUGACCUGGACAGGUUUGUGCUGCUGGUGUCCGGUCUGGGCCUGGGUGGCGGCGGUGGGGAGAGCCUGCUGGGCACCCAGCUGCUGGUGGACGUGGUGACGGGGCAGCUCGGGGACGAGGGGGAGCAGUGCAGCGCCGCCCAAGUCUCCCGGGUCAUCCUUGCUGGGAACCUCCUCAGCCAUAGUACCCAGAGCAGAGACUCCAUCAACAAGGCCAAGUACCUAACCAAGAAAACCCAGGCGGCCAGUGUGGAAGCUGUCAAGAUGCUGGACGAGAUCCUUCUGCAGCUGAGCGUCUCAGUGCCCGUGGACGUGAUGCCAGGCGAGUUUGACCCCACCAACUACACGCUCCCCCAGCAGCCCCUGCACCCUUGCAUGUUCCCACUGGCUACCGCCUACUCAACGCUCCAGCUGGUCACCAACCCCUACCAGGCCACCAUCGAUGGAGUCAGGUUCCUGGGUACAGCGGGCCAGAACAUCAGUGACAUUUUCCGGUACAGCAGCAUGGAGGAUCACUUGGAGAUCCUGGAGUGGACCCUGCGAGUCCGUCACAUCAGCCCCACAGCUCCUGACACUCUAGGUUGCUACCCUUUCUACAAAACGGACCCGUUUAUCUUCCUGGAGUGCCCGCAUGUCUACUUUUGUGGCAACACUCCCAGCUUUGGCUCCAAAAUCAUUCGAGGCCCUGAGGGCCAGACAGUGCUGUUGGUGGCUGUUCCGGACUUCAGUGCCACGCACACAGCCUGCCUCGUGAACCUGCGCAGCCUGGCCUGCCAGCCCAUCAGUUUCUCGGGCUUUGGGGCAGAGGAUGAGGACCUGGGAGGCCUGGGUCUGGGCCCCUGAGUCAGCCGGCAGGCUGUCCUAAGGCCCCAACCAUGCGUGCCUGCAAAGUCAGCUGUUCUUUGUAAAUAAAGCCUGACCGGUUAGUGGUUA